CAAGAGAGAAUUGAAACUGCCCCUUUCUUCAAAAUAUUCUUUCUAUCUAUAAUCUCCUUUUGGUCUUUCAAGAAAGACAGAAAAACUGAAGCUUUGUGAGAAUGGAUAUGGAGAGAGGAAGGAGGCAAGAGCAAGACAACAACAAUGAUGUUUCCGAGGAAACAACAACCACCCUUGACUGGAGAGGCAGACCUGCGAAUCCUAGUAAACAUGGCGGAAUGAGAGCCGCUGCUUUUGUUCUUGGGCUGCAAGGAUUUGAGAUAAUGGCGAUAGCGGCGGUUGGGAACAACCUGAUAACAUAUGCGAUAAAUGAGAUGCACUUUUCGCUGUCAAAGUCUGCCAACAUAGUGACAAACUUUGUUGGAACUGUCUUCAUCUUAGCCCUCCUUGGUGGAUACCUCUCUGAUUCUUAUCUUGGUUGCUUCUGGACCAUGCUUAUCUUCGGCUUUGUCGAACUCUCUGGUUUUAUAUUGUUGUCUGUGCAAGCUCAUCUGCCACAGCUGAAACCAGGAGAGUGCAACAUGGUAUUAGAAGGGGGGAAUUGUGAGGAGGCGAAGGGGUUUAAGGCGCUGAUAUUCUUUGUGGCGUUAUAUUUGGUGGCAUUAGGGAGUGGGUGUGUGAAGCCCAACAUGAUCGCCCAUGGAGCCGACCAAUUCAGCCAAGAAAACCCAACACAAUCUAAGCUUCUUUCUAGGUACUUUAAUGCUGCGUAUUUUGCCUUCUCCAUGGGGGAGCUCGUGGCGCUCACGCUCCUCGUCUGGCUGCAAACCCACUCCGGCAUGGACGUCGGCUUCGGCGUCUCCGCCGCCGUCAUGGCCGUGGGGUUAAUCACCUUGAUCUCCGGCGCCCUUCUCUACCGGAAUAAGCCCCCUCAGGGACACAUUGUCACCCCCAUUGCUCAAGUUUUUGUGGCAGCGUUUUUGAAGAGAAAACAUGAACUUCCAUCUGAUCCAGGGAUGCUUCAUGGGAGCCACACCUCCAUGUCUCAUGAUGCUGUCACUCUUCAUUAUAGUAAUGGAUUCAGGUUUUUGGACAAGGCUUGUAUCAAAAGCCAAGAGGGAGCAAGCAACACAAAGGAGAGUCCAUGGAGGCUAUGCAAUGUGACACAAGUGGAUCAAGUGAAGACACUAAUCUCAGUGAUCCCAAUCUUCGCAUGCACCAUUGUCUUCAACACCAUUCUAGCCCAGCUCCAAACAUUCUCAGUCCAACAAGGCAGCGCCAUGAACACACACCUAACAAAAACCUUCCAAAUCCCUCCCGCAUCUCUCCAGGCCAUCCCUUACCUCAUCCUCAUCUUCCUCGUCCCUUUCUACGACGCCUUCCUCGUCCCCCUCGCCCGCCGCCUCUCCGGCCAGGCCGACGGCGUCACGCCGCUGCAGCGCAUCGGCCUCGGCCUCUUCUUUUCCACCUUCUCCAUGGUCGCCGCCGCCGCCGUGGAGCACAAGCGGCGAACCGCCGCCGUGAAAUCCGGCGAAAUUAUCUCCAUCUUCUGGAUCGCGCCGCAGUACGUCAUCUUCGGAAUCUCCGAAAUGUUCACCGCCGUCGGCCUCAUUGAAUUCUUCUACAAGCAGCCGUUGAAGGGAAUGCAAGCUUUCGCCACCGCCAUAACUUACUGCUCUUACUCCUUCGGCUUUUAUCUCAGCUCUGUGCUGGUCUCUCUUAUCGAUAAGAUCACUUCUCCUUCCUAUAAUGGCGGCUGGCUUUCAGAUAAUAAUCUGAAUAAAGACAGACUCGAUCUCUUCUACUGGUUCCUCGCAACCUUGAGCUUCCUUAACUUCCUCAACUAUCUGUUCUGGGCGAGAUGGUAUUCGCGGAAGCGGUCGUCUUCCUCAGCCUCGCCGCCAUUCCACCAUGAAUUCAUCAGUACUAAAAAGAUUGCUGGGAGUGAUGAUAUAUAGAAUGGAAUGCCUAUAAUUUACUUAUUAUUAGUUAUAUCAUUAUGUGAAAUAUAUAAUAUAAUGGUAAUUAUAUUUUCUCAAUAUUUGUUAAUUAGGCUUUUGUACUUAGCAUUUACGUCCAUGCCUCUAUCUAGCGGCAGGCUAAUAUAAUCUAUAAAAUCGUAGAGUUUAAUGCGCA